GUUACUUGUGCAGUAACUGUAUAACAUGCUAAUUAACACAAAAAUAGCUGAGAUAUAGUAGUAUUAUUGGUUCUAUUAACUAUUUGGCAGAUACAGAGCACAAGAACAAUUUAUUUGACAAUGUGGAGGUUUAUAAAUUGCACACCAUGUUAUACAUAGUAGAAAAUAAAAACCUGAAAUUAAUGGCAAACACAGAUUUUACAGAUAUGUGCAUGACAAUGGCUCACCAUAUGCAUACAUACUAUUCCAAACCUCAUGGGUUUUUUUCAACAACUGCAUGUAUAAGGCAUUGCAAAAGGAGAAGAAAUAAAGUUAGUAGGAACUAUACUUUAAAAAGAAUAGCCCUUUUUUCAUUUGACCCAAUAUUAUGGUCUUUGUGGAUUGUCUACAAGAUGGUUAAUAAUAAAGCAGAUUUAUUUCUCUCAUUUCUCAACUGUAGACUCAUAAUACGCUGUAUGCAAAUAAAAAUAAAUAACACAACAAAUUCAGGUUAAUAAUUAAAUACCUCAUCUGAUCAUUGGUCAAACUUUGCUGAAGCUAAUUUAAAUUGGAAGCAAGCCAUCCAGCUAUAAAAAAUUCAUUUCAUCAUCCACUACCAAUCUUUGAUUUGAAUUACACACGAGUUAGUGUAUGCACCUCUUCCGUAAACAUUACUCUUAACACCCUUUUGCUACAUCGUAUUAUCCUCAGUUCUUAUUUCGCUCCUCUUCGCGUUUCCUGUAUUUGAUUUUAUUCUUUAUUAGUGCUGUUGUUUAUUCUUCUAUAGUUCAUAUGUUAUUUGAUUGUUUUCCUAUCCCUUGGUGCUGUCAUGUUUUCGUUCUUGUUCUUAAGCGUUAUAGAGUAUGCUCGUUAGGAGUGAGAGUAUGCGAUUUACAAACUUCGCAUUUAUUACUAUUACAAUGACUGAUCGAGCGAUCAGGGUGUCCUUCGAAUUCGAAUCUAACGUAAAAUAGAUGAUGGAGGGGAAAUACUUUCUUCUUCUUUUUUGAGCUGCUGUCAUCAUAGACGAAUAUUACACCAACUCCAGUCUACAGAGUGUCGGAUAGUGAUUCUUAUUUGGCUCAACUUUAUUUGUUGUAUUCUCAUAUAGUAGCUAAGGGAGGUCAUCCACAUGUGCGCCAUUACUUUGCCACCGAAGUAAACUUUCUACGUCCAAUCUGCCUCACUACGCAACAAGAUCCCAAGCUCAUUACAUUGUGUGUUAAAAUGUCGGACUUUGAAGAUUAUAACUCUGAAGACGACGCAGACUACGUACCUUCAGAAGGUGAACAGUUAAGCGAGGAGGAAAAUUCUGGUGACGAGGAAGAUUUAUCCCUGUUGGUAGAGGAUGGGGAUGCAGAGAACACAAACAGAUCCAAAACAAAAAAGAAAGGGAAGAAAAAAUCAUCCAUUUUAUCUAGGAAGCGAAAAGGAGGAAUUAAACUGGAUGAGCAGAGUGUUGAAACCAAUGAAGAGGAACCAGGUGGUGAGAGAAAUACAGAACUUGCAGGACAAAUAAAACAAGAGACUAAAGAGCUGAAAGAAAAUAAGGAAAAAAAGAGGGCAGAUGAUUUGUGGGCUAGUUUUAUAUCAGAUGUCAAGCCACCACCUAAAAAGCCUUCUUCAACUGCAUCAUUGAGUUUGGGGAAUCCCCAGGAGAGUGCAAGUACUGCCAAGACUAAUGGCGUAAAGGCUUCUGCAGAUAAGGUCACAAUCACACAAGUUUUUGAUUUUGCAGGAGAGGAAGUAAGGGUGACGAAAGAGGUGGAUGCAAAUUCUAAAGAGGCGCAAGCAGAGAUAAAAGCACAGCAGGACAAACAAGAGCCAGCUGCACUAGCAGUUACAACCACUUCAACAUCUAGCAGCACAUUGCCGGGUCUGAAGAGACCAGCACCUACAGGAAGUGGCCUUGGAAGCGUAUUAAGCAAAAUUGGCAAAAAGCAAAAGAUGGGGACUUUGGAAAAGUCAAAACUUGACUGGGAAUCUUUCAAAGCAAAAGAGGGUAUCAACGAGGAGCUAACAAACCACAACAAAGGAAAGGAUGGUUAUAUAGAGAGGAUGGCUUUUCUAAACCGUGCUGACGUUCGGCAGUUUGAGAUUGAGCGAGAUCUUCGACUGAGCAACAGAGGCAAAAGAUGACAGCAAUAUAAGAAAAGUAGUGCAUCUUUUUGUGUAUGUCUCAUCUGUGGUGUUGUGAGGGUUUUAUUUUUAACCCUAGAAAAUGAAUCAAACCAGAUCUUAAAAGAAACCAUGACCAUCAUUGUUUAGUGCUAACAAAGCUACACUAAUCUUGGGUUUUACUCGUCAGAAAUGAGAUAACAUACCCUUUAUUCUUUCUAUAUAGAAUGGUGGUUAUA